AAAAAAAAACGUCCCGUCAGAGCGGCGCAGUCGCAGGGUCGCAGGCGGCAGCCGGUACGCGCGAGGCCGGGAACCCUAGAUGACGCCGGCGAACGGCGCAUCAGCCCCUCCGCCAGCGGCGGAGGGAGCGCCGCCGCCAGAGCCGUCCCCCGAGGCGGAGUCGGAGGUCGACGCUUUCCGGCGCCAGGUCGACGACCUCGUCUCCAAGACGGACGUGCUGGAGAGGCGGGUGAACGAAGUGGUGGACUUCUACGACGGCAAGAAGCAUGGUAGCGGCGGGCGGAAGGCCGGCGGUGGAGGCAGGUAUGGUGGCCACUCGAGGGGGAUGCCUGACCUUAUGCGCCAGUUCAGCGUGAUUAUGCGCGAGAUCACCUCUGAUAAAUUGGCAUGGCCGUUUCUGAAGCCGGUAGAUGUUGUAGCCCUGCAACUUGAUGACUAUUACAAGAUUAUUUCCAAACCUAUGGACUUCUCUACUAUUGAAAAUAAAAUGGAAGGGAAGGAUGGUACCAAGUAUAACAAUGUUCGAGAAAUAUGUUCUGAUGUUAGAUUAAUUUUUGCCAAUGCAAUGAAGUACAAUGAUGAGCAAAAUCAAAUCCACGUAAUGGCAAAAUCAUUGCUUGAGAAAUUUGAAGAGAAAUGGAUCCAGCUUCUUCCUAAAGUUGAGAAUGAGGAAAAAAGACAAAAGGAGGAGUCAAAGGAUGUUGUACUCACAAAUGCUUCUCGAGAAGCAUCUAUUGCGAAAUUAGCAAAAGAUACCGAUGAGGAGCUGAAUGGGAUCAAUAUGCAGCUAGAGGAGCUCCGGAAAAUGGUGGUCCAAAGAUGCAGGAAAAUGACCACAGAUGAGAAGAGAAAACUAGGUGCCGGUCUCUGCCACUUGUCUCCUGACGAUCUUAGCAAGGCACUGGAAAUUGUUGCACAAGACAAUCCUAGCUUCCAAACUAAAGCAGAAGAAGUGAAUCUCGAUAUGGAUGCUCAGAGCGAGACAACCCUCUGGAGGCUGAAAUUCUUUGUGAGGGAAGCAUUGGAACGGCAGGCCAACGUUGUCUCUGGGAAGAUGGAUGAAAACGCCAAGAGGAAGAGGGAGAUAUGCAAUGCUCUGGCCAAAACUGCGUCGAAACGAAUCAAGAAGCAGCCCUAGUGAUCUUCCAGAUCUUUUUGACUCGCGUGCGUUUCUGAUUGUUAAGAAUGUUUUGUAGGAGUGGCUACAAUUUCCUCCCUUUUGUGUAGACUUGUGUAUAUAGUAUGCAUGCAAAAGUGACUUUUCAUGUAUAA